UAUGUGGACCGCAGGGUCAGUCCUGAAGGCAGUGGGCCUGUUUGUGGCAGAGCUCCUCAGCUUCAUCACAGACCGGUUCCAAACCAAAGCAGCAUGGGCCAACCUCAGGGUGCUGGAGGACACAGAGCUCAAGACCACUGGAGGAGUCCAUCAGCGCUACAAGGCCAGGGUUAUGUGGGAGAAGACUGGAGCUGUGGUCAUGGUGGUACGUCGGCCCGGUUCACUUUUAUGCAGAGAGGAAGCUACUGAGCUGUCCUCUCUCCAGCCCCAGCUGCAGGACAUGGGUGUUCCUCUGUUUGCUGUGGUCAAACAAAACAUUGGGAAAGAACUAGACACUUUUAAGAAGUACUUCACUGGAAAGGUCUAUGUAGACCAGCAGAGGAAUUUUUACGGCCCUGUCCAGCGGUGGAUGUUCUUCUCUCUGUUUCUGCGCAUUGGGGUUUGGAGGAGCCUGUGGAGGGCCUACCGCAGAGGGUUCAGGGGGAACCUCCGAGGUGAAGGCUUUAUUCUGGGAGGAGUGUUUGUGAUCGGACCAGGAGAACAGGGAAUCCUCCUGGAGCACAGAGAGAAGGAGUUUGGAGAUAAAGUCAACAUGUUAGCAGUCCUCACAGCAGUCCGCAAAAUGAAAGAUAAGAUUAAAUAGACCUUCAAUGAGCCCAUACACCCUAACAUUAUGUUAGAGUGGUGACAGCAUGAUUCACUUAGUGGCCAGGCCAGAAUAUGUUUUACACCACAAUAUGUCUGUUGUGUCUAAUGUUGCCUCCUUUUUCUUAUCAAAAUGAUAACAACAACUAAAAUAAAAUUAAUCGUAAACCCAAGUGUUUGUAGAAACAUAACGACUGAUGACUUUUGCACUGGGCACGAGCACAGUGGGAUCGUUAUCUCUCCUGCUCGAUUGCUCAUCCUUACGUGUCUGGAUCAUCCAUUUUUAACUCUCCUGCUCGAUUGCUCGUCCUUGCGUGUCUGGAUCAUCCCUUCU